AUGGACUUCGGUGUGACUGCUGACCAGAUACGCUCCGGCAAGAAGCCGGCCUUCAGUGACCUUUCACGGGAGCAUGCUCGGUCACUCGACGGCUCUGACCCAACCAAGCACCUGCGGAACGAGUACAUCUUCCCAACCAAGGCCUCACUCAAGGGCAAGGCGCUCAAGCCCGUGGCAUCCUCGGCGGCCACGACCGUGAACGGCACAGCACAUGCCGCCAACGGGCAGGACGAGGAUGGGAACGGCGCCAUCUACUUCUGCGGCAACUCGCUGGGCCUGCAGUCCCAAGCCACACGGCGAUACAUCAACGCGCAGCUGGACACGUGGGCAUCCAUCGGGGUCAACGGCCACUUUGCAGACCUCGAGGGCUCGCCCCUCGUCAACUGGCAAGACAUGGCCGCCCAGUGUGCCACCCAGUCGGCGGGCUUCAUGGGCGCGCUCCCCAGCGAGAUUGUCUACAUGAACACCCUGACGACCAACAUCCACCUGCUGCUGGCCGCCUUCUACAGGCCGACAGAGAAACGCCACAAGAUCAUCCUGGAGUGGAAACCCUUUCCAAGUGAUUACUACGCCAUCCACUCGCACAUCCAGUGGCACAGUCUGGACCCCGCCAAGUCCAUGGUAGAGGUCUGGCCCAAGGAUGAGACCUUGUACAUCCCCACCAGCCAGAUCCUCGCCACCAUCGACGAGCACGCCCACGACACGGCUCUCAUCCUCCUCCCGGGGAUCCAGUACUACAGCGGACAGCUGUUCGACAUGCCAACCAUCACCAAGUACGCGCAGGACAGAGGCGUCGUGGUGGGCUGGGACCUGGCCCACGCGGCAGGAAACGUCGACCUCAAACUGCACGAGUGGAACGUCGACUUUGCCAUGUGGUGCACGUACAAGUACAUCAACGCCGGCCCGGGGUCCAUCGCCGGCGCCUUUGUGCACGAGCGCCACGGCAAGGUGGAGUGGGCCCCGGACGCCGACAGCGAGGACGGGCAGCCCAAGCCCGUGUUCCGGCCUCGCCUCAGCGGCUGGUACGGCGGCGACAAGAGCGUGCGCUUCCAGAUGGCCAAGCAGUUCCAGCCCACCCCCGGCGCCGGCGGCUUCCAGAUCGGCAACCCCUCGGCGCUGGACCUUGCCGCCCUGAGCGGCGCCCUGAGCAUGUUCAACGAGGCCGGCUUCACGAACCUGAGGAACAAGAGCCUUGUGCUGACGUGCUAUGCCGAGGCCAUGCUGAAUCAGAUCCUGGCGGAUGAGCAACAUGCCGCGAAGCCUGCGUUUACCAUAGUGACGCCGGCCAACACCGCUGAGAGGGGAGCACAGCUCAGCAUCCUGCUGAGGGAUGGCCUGCUGGACAAGGUGCUGGAGGAGUUCACCGAAGAGGCAAUUGUGUGCGACAAGCGCAAGCCCGACGUCCUUCGCGUGGCGCCGGUACCCAUGUACAACAGCUUCGAGGAGGUUUGGAGAUUCAUGGAGGUCUUGAGGACGGCGCUUGGUAUCCCUCGCAGGUGA